UCUCCUUCAUCACCUACCCCUUUCUCUCAUCUUCCCAUUCGUAACUUGUUCCUCCUCCACCACCUUUAUAUUCCAUUAUCUUAUGUCCCCAGCCCUCCCCACAUACCCCUCAUUCUCGGCCUCUUCGGUUGUCUGCCAUGGAAUUUGACCACAAGGAGGAGGAUGACGAUGUGAAGCUGCAACUGGGGCUCGUGCCGCUGAUGCCACCGGAGCCAGCGCGAGUCUUCACUUGCAUCUAUUGUCACAAGAAGUUCGUCAGCUCGCAGGCGCUGGGAGGCCACCAGAAUGCGCACAAGCUGGAGCGGAGCCUGGCCAAGCGUAACCGGGAGCUGAGCUUGAUCGCGCGGACUCGGGCCUCCCAGAUCCACGUGGCGGCGCCUGGGCACGGCUCCACCAGUUUAGAAGGCCGGGUUGAGAGGAAGGAGGAGCAGGCAGCCACCGUGACGCAGUGGCGAGGAGGUGAUAGUGGAUUCGACGGCAAAGGAGGGAUCGCGGAUGACAUCGACUUGUCUCUCAGGCUAUGACGACCAACCAUCCACGCGUUCAUUUUCCCUUUUUCGGUCUACCUCCA